AUGCUUGAGGUCUCUCCUAAGCAGAGAGUGGCAGAUAAGAUAAGCAACCAGUUAGGCCACCUGUACAAGGCGGCCCUAUUUUCAGAAAUAAAUGUUGAAGGACUGGAGCCACAAAACUAUGAUGACCUACCUUCGUACGACGAUGCCACUAGAGAUCUACCUCCGGAAUAUUCUAUUCUUUCGCCCUUGGCUCGGAGCAAGGUCUUGUUCAACGUUUCAGCGCCACGCGCAAGCAGCGGCUAUUCAAAACCCAGGUCACCGUCCCAUAUCGUUGAUAUUGACAGUCCGUUUGGGAUUCGAGAACAUAAAGGUGGAAAGAAAAAGAAGAAGCCUGCACCACAACGGUCACCGACGCCACCGCCGAACAAUGAUGGCGAUAAAAAGGACGACGGUGCAGAAGAUGGCCAAAACGGCGGAGAUGCUGGAAAUGACGGGGCUGGGACUGGAGGCGAAGGAGGAGGCGAUGGCGGUGAUGGUGGCGAUGAUGGCGAUGGUGGAGAUGACGACUGGGGCGUAUGGAAUACAACUGGCAAUAAAAAAAAGAGCAAAAAGAAGAAGGAGGAAGAGGAGGAACAAAAGCGGAAAGAAGAGGAGGAGCGUAAAGCUACUGAAGAGGAGGAGCAAAAAGCUGCCGAGGCCGCUGCUGCGGAGGGCAAUAACAAUCUUAGCUGGGCAGACGAUAUUGAUGGAAACGGCGAUGAUUCGUGGGCCGGAUUUGAAGUUGCCGGAAAGAAAAAGAAGAAGGGCAAGGGCGUCGAAUUGGUAGAGACUGACCCUCCUUCAAAUUCAUUCCAAGAUAUCAGUUUGAAUGAUGGAGCACCACGAAUAGAUCUAAAUCUUGGUCCUCCAGGAGGGAAGUCUGGGAGGACCGAUCUCAGUUUUGGUUCAUGGGGCAAAGGCUGGUCCACUGGAAAUAAAUGGGGGUUGGAUUCUCUUGACAAAGGGAAGGUAGACAACAAUCCUUGGUCACUAGGUAAACAGGACCCAUCAAAAGCAUCAGUUGGAUUCGAUUUUGGAAACUUCGGGGACUCUACUGGUGGCGAGGUGGCCACAGAAGAGCCAAAAGCCGAAGAGGAGGAUUGGGGAUUCACCGUCACUAGCAAGAAGGACAAGAAGAAGAAGAAGGAAGAAGAACCCCCAAAGGAGCCUGAACCAGCCCCAGCAGUAGACAACGCUUGGGGAGCGAGUCUUUCGAAGAAAGAGAAACGAAAAGCAAAGAAGGGAGUCGGUAAAACUGCAGAGGAACCGCCAGCGGCAGAGCCAGUCACAGAAGAACCAAAAAAUAAUAAUGUUUGGGCAGCGGUCAAUGAUAAAAAGGAACCGGAGCCAGCCCCAGAGGCGGCCGACGAUAAUGAUUGGGGCUUCACCACAUUGGCGAAAAAGAAAGACAAGAAGAAGAAUCUCCUAGUCGAGGACUCCGUUCCUGAACACCCUCCCGCGCCUGACCCGCCUGCCCCAGCUGAGGACGACUGGAUGAGCGGUUGGACUUCCGGUAACAAAAAAAAGGACAAGAAGAGCAAGAAGAAUGCAGUCAUCGAAGAUCCUGCACCCGUUGUUGAGGAACUCCCACCAGCCCCAGAUCCACCAGUAGCAGAGCCUACUGCGGAGGAAAAGAAGGAUGAUGACGGGUGGGCAGGCUGGAAUGUACCUACCAAGAAAGAAAAGAAGAAGAAAGGCAAGGUUGCCGAGCCUGAGCCUGAGCCUGAGCCUGAGCCUGAGCCUGAACCUGAACCUGAGCCCAUCGCGGAACUAGAACCGGAACCUGAACCUGAACCGACACCGCCUACACUCCCAGAUGACCCUCUUUAUAACAACUGGGCAACUCUGAGCGGGAAAGACCGUAAGAAGAGGGAAAAGUCGCUAAGAAAGAAAGGUCUACCUGUUCCCGGCCAGGACUUCGAAUGGCCACCCCCGCCGCCCCCAGAGCCCGUGGAGCCUGUCAAGGAACCUGUGCAGGAGCCGGAGCCCGAGAUACUUCCAGAAGUGGUCCCGGAAGAGCCAGUGGAACCAGAACAAUCUGUUGAAGAUGAUGGUUGGGGCAUCUUGGCCACUUCGAAGGACAAGAAAAAGUCAAAGAAAAGCAAAAUUCCGGAGGCACCCCCGCCACCUGCGCCUACUCCUCCCUCGCUGGCAUUGACUCCCGAGCCGGAGGGAACAUUCGCAAUCGACGAUAUACUGGAGGAGCCGAUGUUAGAUGAGACACCUAAACCGUCUAAAAAGAAAGUGGAGGAAACUCCACCGAAAACAGUCAAGGGGGGAUUCUGGUCGACCUUGGGGGCGGCUGCGAUGGGAAAACCUAAAAUGACUACAAAAAAGAAAUCCGAGGAGAAGCCCAAACCCGUUGAAGAGCUGGACCCUACUCCAGCUGAGCCUGAUUUGCUCAUUGACAUUGGUGAUGAGCCUAAGGAAGCCGAAGCGCCUGUUGCGUCAGCUGAGCCUAUUGUAGAAGAGCCAUCCCCGCCAGCCGCGCUGCCAACUAAGACACCUGAUGUCAGCACCAAGACCAAGUCAUCAGGCAAACUGUCGGUAGCAGAGCGCAUCAAGGCCCUGGAGCAGGCCAAGAAAGAUAGACUGAAUGAAAAGCCCGUCCGAAAAUCUAAGACGAAAGAAGCUGCCGAGCCUCCUCCACAGGAGCUCGAGCCUGAGCCUGAGCCUGAGGUACUUGAAGAACAGAAAUUUACACGAGACUCAGUGCCAGGAAGUUUCCCUGACGCAUUUAACGACGAUUUUGAAGAACCACUACCUGCUCCGGAGCCUGAGCCCGAACCUAAAUUUGAGCUACCGCCGGAGCCUGAACCACCAACCUUGUCAAAGAAAGCCAAGAAGAAGGAAAAGAAAAAGGGGAAGACAGUUGAGCCGGAACCUAAGCCUGUUCCUGAACCUGCUCCCGAGCUGCCUAAGGAGCCUAAACCCGAAGUCGAGCCUGCCAAGUCAGAUCCCCAGCCUGAGCCUGAGCCGGCGCCACUGUCCAAGACUGAGAAAAAGAAGAAAAAGGGCAAGAUAGUUGAACCAGCGCCAGAACCAGAGCCGGAGCCAGAGCCGGAGCCAGAGCCAGCCCCUGUGGGUGUGCCUCAACCGGAGCCGGAAAAGUCUAAGAAGAAGAGCAAGAAAAGCGCACCCUCGAAAGGAGCUAUGGCUUACAUGGAUGAGUCACCGGCGGAUGCCCCCAUUGCUGAUCCUCUGGACGCAGAUGCUGGCGGCCCCCCGACGCCACCACCUGAGCCGGCUGCGCCUGAAAAAUCGGCCAGGAAGGAGCGUGCUCGUGUCGAGCGGACAGCAGGUGCUGCUUCCUGGGCUUUCUGGGGAGCUACAGCCCCGCCAAGGAAGUCUGGCCACAGGGAGUCUGGCCACAAGGAGUCCAGGCAUAAGGGGGAACAAUCUCCAGAGAUUGCCAGGUCAAAAUCGACGAAACACUCGAGACCCCGAGAUCCUGAGAACGAUAUGGAGAAAUCGUCUGCAUCUGAAAAGGACCGACGCAGAGAGGUAAAACACAGCCGAGGCAUGGCCUUUUCCAAUUUCAUUCUUGGGGCGGCGGCUCCUCCACCUUCACGGACAAAAUCUGGUCGACGGAAUGGUCCGUCUGCGUCCAGGCCUACCUCCAGACGCCCGUCGAUGGAUAUGAAUGAUGGUGGCUUCCCUUCGCCGCCGCUACAAGAUCGACAUGAUUUGCCUGAUAAGGCAGCAAGAAUGAUGGGAGUGUCAGGAAUAAAGAGGGAAAGGUCGCGUGGGAUACGGACCAAAUCUGGUAAUCGUGAUCCCUAUGCCCUUGAAGAUGAGGAUAUGGUUAUGGUGGACCGGGACGAUACUGAGGCCCAUUCACCGAAAACACGCUCCAGAGGAUCAAGGCAUUCCGGGAAGAGGUCCAGGCGACAGUCGAGAUCGAGACCAGAAGAGCUCCAGGAAGAUGCGGUCAUGGUUGAUGCCGACCAAGUCCAACAAGGACCCGAUGUCUUUUCCGGGCCUGAUGAUAUUGCGUUUGUUGGAACUCCACCAAAGGAACAGCGCCUCAAACGAUCGAGUACUGUUACAAAGAAAUCUGAAACGGGUGGCUUCAUGGGGUUGAUCGGCUCGUUGCGAAGAAAUACUCGCCCAGAGCCUCCCGAACGCCGAAAGUCCCGAUCACGUCGUGAUGAGGAUGCAAAGUGCAUGACGGAACCAGAACGAGACGAGGCUCGACGUCUGCGACGCGAGGAACGAAAGAAACGCUCCGGCCGACUGGAUUAUGAGGCCGAAGGCUUCGUCACCGAUGCUGGCCCGGCAGAAGGAAUACCCAAGAUGGAAGCGGAGGCUGCGGAGGCCAGGAGAGCGGAGCGCAGAGCACGACGUGCUUCGAGACAGGUUGAUUCGGAGAAAAUUCAGGAAGGUGAACUUCGGGAGGCGGAAGAGCGACGCGCUAAGCGAAAAGAGAAGCAAAUGGCUCGCGAGCGGGAGAUGCAGGAAAGGCAGGUUCGCGAAGAAGAAGGACGAGAGCAAAGACGCCAAGAAGAGAAGAUGGCACGUAGGGCUGCCCGCGAAGAGCGUCGUGCUCGUGAAGAGCAGGAGGCCAGGGAGGCACAAGCCCGCGCCGAAGCCAAAUCUGCAGAGCGACGUGAGCGAAGAAGGCAGAGAGAAGCAGAAAUGCAUGAAAAUACCAAAUCCAGGCGAUACUCGUACGUGGAUGAACGCACUGCUCGGGAUUUUUACGUCGAAGACCCUUACGCAGACCAGGGGCGUGGCGCUAAUCGAGCUGGAGAUGACGGAGAGAGGUCCCGACGUCGAAGAUCCAGGGCCCCCGACAUGGCCAGAGACCCGCCAAUGAUGAUGAUGUCUGGGGGCCGAAAGGAUAAGAUCUCAUCUUGGGUAGAUUCACAAACAGCAGAACCGCCAGAACCGCCGCCGCUGGUGCCAACCGUGCUGGACGAGCCACCAGGUCCUGGAGAGCCGAUCAACGCACACUCCGUGUCAUCGGAUGAGGAGGCUCGUCGGGACCUUCGUCGUCGAGCUCGACGACGAGCACGGUACCCGGGACUGAACGACGAGGAAAUCAACGACCUAAGAGACAGGAAAAGGGAGGCGCGCCGGGCUGAACGGGAUGGACUUAAAAGUAGCUCUGGCAGUGGAGACUACGAGCGCGAUCGUGGCAUGAAAUACGACCGAUACGCUGCGCCACCCAGUUCUGGCGCAAAGAUACCCAACUGGUUCAAGAAAUUGACCAGUUUGUAA